AUGAUGUAUGGAAGUGAAGCAGCUGAACUGAUGGAAAAGGCAGAUAAGGUAUACAAAGUGAUCAUGGGGAGUACAGUCAUUGCAGUGAUCUUGAAUGCUGAAAAUACAGGAAUGGUGGCUUUGAGAGUAAUGAUCUAUGUUUUAGAUUCUGAUGAUAUUCCUAAGGAGAGAAAAGCCAAACUCCACCAUUUUGUGCAGCAGGUCUCCUUCAACAACAGCGCUGGGGAUGAGGUUUCUUUUGGCCCCAAUGGGGAAAUAGGAACUGGAUUUGACAUUUUCAGUUGGAUCACGUUCCCAAACCAGACCUUUCUGAGAGUCCAAGUUGGAAAAAUUGAUCCCAUGGCGCCCGCAAACAACCUUCUAACCAUUUCGGACAAGGAUGCUGCUUGGCCCCACAUAUUUAACCAGGUUUUUUUUUUCCCCACCGUAGACCUAGAUGACUGUUUCCCAUGUCCAGAGGAUCAAUAUCCAAACAAGGAUCAGGAGAGUUGCCUUCCAAAAAGUAUAACUUACCUGUCUUUCCAAGAGCCUUUGGGCAUUUCCUUGAUAAUGAUCGCAGUCUCCUUUUCUGUCACCUCAGCUGUGGUGCUGGGGAUCUUCAUUAAACACCAGGACACUCCUAUUGUCAAAGCCAACAACAGGAACCUCACCUACAUUCUUCUCAUUGCUCUCCUCCUCUCCUUCCUUUGCACUUUGCUCUUCAUUGGGCAACCUGACCAAGUGAAAUGCCUCUUGCGACAAAUGGCUUUUGGCAUCAUCUUCUCAGUCGCCCUUUCGAGUAUUCUUGGUAAAACAAUCAUAGUUGUUCUAGCUUUCAUGGCCACCAAGCCCGGCUCAAAAAUGAGGAAGUGGGUGGGGAAAAGGCUGGCCAACACAAUUGUCCUAUCUUGCUUAAUGGCUCAAUUCACUAUUUGUGUAGUGUGGCUGGCACUUUCUCCCCCAUUCCCAGGUUCUGACAUGCAUUCAGUGGAUGAAGAAAUUGUUCUGGAAUGUAAUGAAGGUUCAACUACAAUGUUUUACAGCGUCCUUGGCUUUAUGGGGUUCUUGACCACUAUGAGCUUCACGGUGGCCUUCCUAGCCAGGAAGUUACCUGACAGCUUCAACGAAGCCAAAUUUAUCACCUUCAGUAUGUUGGUCUUCUGUAGUGUCUGGAUAUCAUUUGUUCCCACCUAUCUGAGCACCAAAGGGAAAUAUAUGGUGGCAGUAGAGAUAUUUUCCAUUCUGGCUUCAGCAGCAGGAUUAUUGGGCUGCAUUUUUUCCCCCAAAUUGUAUAUCAUUAUUCUGAGACCUGAUCUGAAUAAGAAGGAGCAAUUAAUAAAGAAAUGA